UUGGUGGUACAUAACUCUACCAAACUAUUCAGUCGUAUUCUACAGUUGGCGACGUUAACUGUGAUGCGCAUUUUCGCAUAAAAUAAAUGGGAACAGUUUGUAAUUUGAAACCCGGAAACUUAUAUUACGGUUUGCUGAUAAGGAUCCUGUUCAUGUUCGUACUUUUGUGUCAAACCAAGUUUUGUGGGUUCUUAUCGUAGAGGUGUUAUUAUUUACUUUACAUGUGUAUGCAUUCUGCACCCAAUAUUUGCAAGUAUCAGUUGUGCAAGUUAACGGACUGGACUUUGAUAAAAUACAAUAGACCCGGACACAGUAAAACUGGAAUCUCGAUUCUAAUGGAUUUAAACACGUCUCUAAAUUUUUAACGUCUCCGUACCCUAAGCUGACCGGCUUCUGUGUGAACAAAAGUGCAAUUCUUUUAAUGACGACUGGUCCUCUUCCAUUCCACUCGUUUGUGUAAUAUUUUAAUUUGUUAUUUCCAUACUCAAGUCGGAUUUGUUCAUCGGCCAAAGUGGACAAUUUAUAGUUACACAACGCAUUCUAUUGUCACACAUUAUUAUUAGUUGCACAGAGAGCAGAAGUUCCACGGAAGCAGUUAUUAACCGUGUAUGUUGUAUAGAUAGAGAAUCAAACAGGUUGUCGUUACCGUCUCCCUUUUGCUGCUGCUGGAAUUUGCUCAAAAAGUGUUUAAAGUUGAUGUCUACAAGUUGAUAACAUGCUUGCUCAUUGAAAAAUUUAAAGCAGAGUGCAUGAUUGAACCUGGAUGGAUUGCUUAAGUGGCCUCGUUGAUGUGGUUAAUGAAUUAUGCAACUGAUUAUCAUUGUUCAUCUUUCUCUGCAGUUAAAGUGUCAGCAGACAAUUCUCAACCAACAGUGACGGAUUAUUUAAGUGCAGAUGGAACAAACUUCUUCAGCCAAGGAAAUCUGCAACCCAUAAAUUGAGGACAAGAAGGAAACGUACAAAUUUUGUUAAAUAAAAAUAUCCAAGUCAUAUCUGGAAAAACUUGGAAGGAAAAUAUAAUCAACUAACGAGUUAUAAUUUUUAAAUAAAUAAAAGGACGGAGAAACAGAACGGAUCAAAUUUUGAUUUUGAAACUUCAUAUGUGCGAGAAAGUAAGUGCUCGAGUGAGCUUCGCUAAUUUAUUGGCGUUCACACGACGCUUGGAAUUUACAGAAGUCAAAUCCUAUUAGUUUCGACAAACUCUCGCCUCCCAGGCAGCUCAUAAUAUUCGGAAACCAAUGAAAUUUCCUCCAACUCUGAGAAACUUGCUUUGAUGCUGAAUUGAGCUUGUCAUCAUCAAUGAUGGAUGAAUGUGCCAUGAUGAUUUCAGUAAUUGAAGUUAAUUCAGAAACACGUCUGUGACUCAGAAAUUGUGUUAUUUUAUCGUGAACACUGACGACGACGCUUGGCCCAACAGAGGAAACUCAACGAGGAAUUAGACGAGAUUUAGCAAAUGCGGGAGGAAAUAAGGCCUUCGUCCUCUCCUCACCUCAUCACUGUCCGGUAAAUGAGGUUAAUUUCUCUGCUAGCGUCGGAGAGUAAAUAUUUGCUAAAAUACCAACGUCUGCUGCUCAGCCGAUGGCGAAACCAUAAAAUAUAUUGCACCAAUGCGAAGAGUUUGGGAUUUGAUUUCUUGUUGAUGUAAUCUAAGCCUUUUUGUCCGAGAAAUUUACAAGAGACGACGCCACAGAUUUCUCCCAACAAUUAUCCGAACAAAUAUCGUAGUGCAAACAUUUUCCUUGUCACAAUAAAAACAUCAACGCUCUGAACUAAUAUAGCACAAUUGUCUCUUCAGAGUUUCUUACUCCAAAUCCGCAUAGGAACACCUUGUUCUAAGCAAAUUGAAAGUGAAAUCCGGAAGUAGUGGAGGAGUGACUUUGGCUGCUGGAGUGGAGCUUUUUGACAGUGCCGAGAAAAAUAGAGCUUUGUCAGCGAAGGGAGAAAAUACCCGGGAGAGAGAGAAUCAGAUUAUCAGUUAUCGUCGGGAAGUCUGGAAGGAAGGUGGUGAAACUGGAGGAGAGGUUUCUCUCACCAGAUCCGCAUAUUCCACGACUCCUGCGAGUUCUCCCCAUGCCGAGAAUGAGACUCGUGCUAAUUUCUUGCCAGGGGGAAGACUAACAAGUCCUCACCAAUUUACAAAGUGGACUCGGUCUCACGGAAAUAUCGCAUCUGCAACAAACAUUCCUUAUUGCGGUGGUAGUAGCAGUAGUUGUGACCAAUUUGGGAGGAGAAAGUCCGCCACUAAGUUAUUCUCCUUUAAAAGAAAGUCUAACAAGGUUGGCUCCAGCGGAGGAAAAGCUCUUUUCCAUUGCAAUAUCAAGUGGCGGCGGAAGCCAAUAAUUCCUUGGUUGAAGAUACGAAAAGUAGUCGUUCACAUCCUGCCCUCGUCCUUGUCUUCCCUGCCAACCGCUAAGAUGGACCACGAAGAUUUAAUGUCCGAACUUCCCCAGAUUGAAAAGUUGAGCAACCAGGAAAGGCUUCGCUUGGCACAUAAGCGUAGGAUGCUCCAACUCAAGAGGUUUCAACAGUACGACAAGGAAAUUGGAUCGCGGAAACACAAGCCUGCGACCCAAGACGUGAAGAAGGGGUCAAACAAAGGAGGGCUGAAUGGGCUGACAACGAACGGGAAACCGGGUGGAAAGCGGAUCAAAUUCCGAAAUAGCAUCAUGCUUUUGGAGGCAGCCGGGAGAAACGAUGUCGAAGAAGUUCGGCGACUUUUGAGUUCCGGCGUGUCCCCUGAUGUCUGCAAUGAAGACGGACUCACAGCCCUACACCAGACGUGUAUUGAUGAUUCCGAAGAAAUGCUGAAAUUGCUGCUGGACUAUGGAGCCAACGUAAAUGCGGAGGACAGUGAAAGAUGGACUCCGCUCCAUGCCGCCAGCACCUGUGGAAAUUUGCAUCUCGUGAAACAUCUAAUCGCCAAAGGUGCCAAUCUGCUGGCAGUCAAUGCAGAAGGAAACAUGCCCUAUGACAUUUGCGAUGAAGAGGCCACGUUGGAUUACAUCGAGUCCGAGAUGGCGAAACGGGGCGUGACACAGGAGUUGAUUGAAGAAACGAGAGCAUUACCAGAAACGGUGAUGUUGAACGAUAUGCAAAAUAUUUUAGCCAAGGGAGGAGAUCUCGAAACCCGUGAUGCUGAUGGUGCAACUCCUUUGCACAUUGCCUCCGCAAAUGGAUACUAUCGGGUCGUGGAAUUUCUCUUGGAUAACCAUGUGGCCACCGAUCUGCAGGACAAGGAUGGCUGGCAAGGAAUCCACGGAGCCGCUUGCUGGUCCCAUAUGGACGUGCUGGAACUGCUCGUCCAAAAUGGGGCCGACCUCAACGCCAGGACGCGGAAUAAUGAGACGCCAUACGCCAUUUGCGAGGAUCCUGAAAUCAAGGAGAGAAUAAUACAACUCAAAAAUGAACAGGAGGUCAAAAAGGAGGCGGCCAACAGUCGAAGACUGAAGAGAACGCAGUCAUCCAACUCGCGGACGCAGAGCAUUCGGAGAACAUCCCAACGAGACAAAGGCCUCGCAACGAAGCGAGACACCGCCAACGAAUAUGUUCUCAUGUCCAGAGAGAACCUCAAGGACAACAGCCCGUCGCCGACUAUUGACGCCAACGGAGGAGGUGACCCGCCCACGAGUAAUAAUAUGAUUGAGGUCAGUUCGGAAGAAGACACGGAAGACAAGGUGGCAUCAUCUCACCAUCCCGCAGCUUUUGGGCGAGGCUCCGUCUCUCAGAUUAAAGUGGCAUCCAAUGACGCAGAAAGGCUGCAAUUGUUGGCGGAGAAGGCAGGCAUGUCCCCCUCCUCAUCGGAUGCUGGAGGACCCACGACAAUUAACAACAAUUUAAAGUCGAACCACGCAGUGAAAAAUAUCAAUGUCAAUUCCAAUAUCAACAAUCACAACCAGACGAAGCAGUUAAAUACUCCAAAACCUCCACCUCAAGUCAUAGACACGAAUGCUAACCUUCCGAAACCAGAGAUUAAUCCUCCCAUGGACAAAGUUCAAAUUGGUUCCAAUGGAAUUUCGCUCAGUGGAAGUCGGGACAGUUUGGUCGGGGUGGGAAAUGGAACAAUUGAUAUUCAUGUCCAAGUCACCAUAAAUACGGCGUCACCCUCGUCCACACUGACGCACGGGGGAGGGGCUACGAACAACGGCGGAAUCCCCUCCCUCCCCUCUCCCUACACGAGCUGUGGUAGCGGAAGUGGUGGAAUUCUCCCCGGAAGUACGCUGCUCAGUCCCCCAGGAACCCUGGCUGACCUCAAGAAGCACAGGUCCCUCAGUCGAACCACGUCCAAUCCACGCACCAACGGUAUUCUACUCGCAGAAAAUCCCAAUUCCUCCUCCUCUUGCAGUAGCACUUCUUCGUCUUCUCAAGACAAUGACAUCGACGACGACGACCUUGUCGUCCCAUACUCGUAUCCCAGUAGUCGUAGUUCUAGUUCUCAAAAGCACGCUCAACUCCCGCACCAACUUCUACAACGACAAGGACUGCCCAAGGGUGGUGGUGGUACUGAGUCUCAGCUGCCACCGAUGCAUGUCUUGUCCUCCUUUAAUAGCAAUGCUGCUGGUCAGGCCUUUGAACAUGCUUGUUGCAAUUGGAACAUGAACUUUUCUCAUUCCGAGUUUGACAGCGCUUCUUUCGCUUACUCCUCGACUUCCGGGUGGGGUGGUGGUGGUGGUGGGGCUUUAAUCUGUGGAAAGCAGACUCGCACGCUACUACCGACUGACUUUAAUAACUAUGAAAACUUUUAUCUGUACGAUGAUGCGGGUGGUUUUGGGUACAAUAUGCACUCGAACACUAACCAACUAAAUAACCAACUUUACAUUAAUAAUUUGACAGGAGGAUUGAAUGAUCUUCCAACCAAGUCUGCUUCCUCCUAUGGAGCACCUCCUAGUCCAACCGUGUCGCUUCAGCGGUUUGCUGGUGAGCCAACCGAAAUCCGAGAUUAUGGCGACGGGGGCAAGAAAUGCUGCGUCAUCGUUUGAUUCCUCAUUUCUUCUCGGAAAUGUUACCUCAUCGUCGGAAAUCAAUCAAAGCAACACCUUCUUCUAACCCGGCUGUCAAAAGACUCACCAACUAACACCCUGUUGUACAGAGAUACAUAAUUAAUGUAAAACACGUCAGUGUAUAAAUAAUAAUAACAAGAAACCAAGCGGUAUUAAGUACAAUUCAUCGUCAUUUCAUUAUUGUCAAAAGUAUGUAUGAAUGAUUAACCAACCAACUAAAAAAACCUUGUCUGACCUGUGUAUAGCAGUUUGCUAAAAGUAUGUAGCACAAAUACUAAAUAAGUAUUAUUACUAAGUUGUUAAUAUUAUUGUGAAUAUUUGGUAAUACGUCAGUUAAUAUUUUUUUAAUUUGUCUUCUUUUACGUAUCACACAUACAUUCUUUAUUUUACUCGUUCUUUCAAAUCUGGUCAUUUCACUUUUCCGACUCUUCUUGUUUUACUAUUCUGCCAAUCUUUCAUGUUUUAUUAAAGAACUGAUAUGCAAUCGAGCUCGCCAUACGUAAUUGUAUUCACGCCUUCGAUAUGCGUUACUAUUUAUUUAUUAGAUACAUGUAAUUUUUUAUGUUCUAAAUACUUGUAGUUGCCCAUACAAUUUUGGUCGACAAUGAAAUAUAUUCCGGUGCCAAACUUACAAUUAGUACGUAUUUACAUAUGGUUCAAGUGAAUAUAAAAAAAAACACAAUUUACUUUACAGUUUGACAAUUGGUUGAUGUCUUUUUUUAAAUUUUUGGACUAUUUACACAUGUUAUUGAAAUAUCUUGUUCUGUUUUCAUGAAUGUGCUAAUUCGUUUGAAUUCCAACUGCAGAAGACUUAAUUACAUAUAUCCACAUGCAUACAUACCUCGUACAUACAUCAGUUAUGGUUGUACCUCUUCAAAUAUUACAUACCUGAAAAAAAUCAAAGUAAUUUCUUACCCAAAUUUGAAUUCAAAUGACUAAAUCGAAAUUAUAGUGACCUGGUUUAGAAGCCUAUAAUAGACUGGAAUAUUACUUACGACAAGUAGUACGAUUGUGCAUUCCAUGAUGGAAUUUCCAUUGUAAACAAGGCAAGAAAAAUAAGCAUUUAUGAAAAAUCGUGUAUUUCUACGACAGAGUAAACGAAACAACGUGAACUGUAACAAACGGAGACCUACAAA